CUACUUGAGGGUGUGGUGACAAGAUGUCUCCAUACCGUUAUAGUUUUUUCCAGUAUGCUUUGAUACUCUCUGCUGGAUGCUGCGGAGCACUGGCCGUCCUCAGCCUCCCCACUAUAGCUGUAUUCGCUCUCAUACUCAUCGCCUUUCUCUCUUAUGCCCUAGUUCGUUACGUUUUUUAUCAUCCCGGAGGCCGGGUCUGGAGACUAGCCAUCAAACCCUACCUGACCAGCAGGCUCUUAUUAUCAGCCAGUCCCGCCAAAUCCACCUCAAAGAGAUCCGAGCUGGUACACAAAGAGGCGCAAAAGUUCAUCCAGCUCAUAAUAAGGGACUUUAUAGUAAGCUGGUACAAGCAGAUCUCGGAGAACCCAGAGUUCCCACAGGAGACCGUGUGUCUCUUGGAACACUUAGCUAACGACUUGCAGGCCCGAGUUGCAACCGUCGACAUUCGCUCGACAAUCCUCUCUCUCCUCCCUCUCCUUGAUCCUUAUCUGACAGCUCUUAAUGAGGUUGGGUAUGUUAAUGAGAGAGGGAAGAGUACAUUUGAUGUAACCCAUACCUAUUGCCUAAUGCUUUUUGAAAAGAAACCUCAUUUAGUGCACCCGGCAUUGAAGAACAGUCAAACCGAAGUCGAGCACCUCCAAAGGCUAGUAGACACUUUUAUUAGUAGCAGUAAUGUCAUACCCUCUAAUUACAAGCAAUGCGAUAUCGCCGUCCAAUUUAUACGUGAAAUACUGGUCUAUCGGGUUUUUCAGCCUCUCUUUGAUCUUGUUUGCGAGCCAGAGUUCCUCCUAAGAGGCAUACCACUUUUACUAGCCAAGGCAAGCGACGAAAAGAUACGCCAAGUCAUGUUAGAUAUUGAAGCAGAGAACCUCAUACUCGAUAAACACUUAAGCCAACCUACCGGCCUACUGACGCCAUUUACGAGCUUGCCAGCGCCACCGCCCAUUCACAUACCUGACUCAGCACGUUAUACAUGUAGAACCUCCUACCCUCACAGAAUGGGAAGGGACUAUCAGUAUCCUCCUAGCAGUGCUUCAAGCAAUGGUGGGAUGAUAGAUGAUGAGCUCCUUGAUUGUACUGAUGAUUCUGUUUAUGUUAAUUUGCCGCCAAUUUACAUUGAUAAACACGUGAGGGUUGAUACUAAGGAUGGAGUCCACACUGGAUACAUAAUCAAGUUUCCUUCCAAGAUGCUUGAUGAGAGUCAACUCUUGUCUUUACACCUUGAAGAAGAGACUGAGUUGGAAAGUUUAAAAAGAUACAGUGAGUUUGCUAGCUUUCACAAGACACUAAGCAAUGGGCGAUACAGUCAUGUGGCUAAAGGUCUUUCUUUGCCUGACAGACGGAUCUUUUCUCACAUCAUUAAUAAAAUACCUUUCUCUUCCGGCGAGCCUGACCCAACCACCAUCUUGGAGAGAAAGGAGGGCUUAGAAAGCUACCUACAGAGUGUUGUAGCUGUGAAGGAGAUAAAGGAGAGUCCUGAAUUCAGACAGUUCCUAUUUUCUGGUGUGACUUCCUUACAAGAGGCUCAAAUAUUCAGCACAAGGCCAGGCAUGGCUAGAAGGGACUGGAGAAAAUCCAUGGCAGUCGAAAAACCAACAAUUCAGUCGGAGCAGCCGUUUUCCGACGUCCUUGUAUCAUUUACUGAGAGUCACGAUCUGCCAAUGCCACAUAAAGGAGGAGCCUUGAACACAUGCAACUCUCCAUCUAAUAGUAACACUGAUGAAGGAGGACAUACUAGUACUAGAACUGGGCCAGUAGCCUCUACAGCUAGCGACUCUAUUACUGUACAAGAUGUAAUGCAGUUAAUACCCACAGCUGUGUGGUCCUUUUUCUCCCGAGAGCUGGGAAGAGGUGUGGUCGAUGAUCAUGUGACUCUAGCUGCCGAGAGAGAGGCGGAGUCGCCGCUAAUGAACUCACUGUUAAGCCUCGCCAAUGAAGCCACAAGAACGACGAGCCCUGAGCUAUGGAUAACGUCAGAAGGAACCCAGUUAGGAAUAUUGGGCAUCUGUGGAGAUACCCUGGACUCUUACCUAAUGAAUGAGCUGUUAGAAGUUGUGAGUGAUGAAACAAGAUGGGCCCGUGCUUUAUAUAACCUGCGUCACCUCCUCUGGCCCAAUGGAGGCGAACUGUCUCUAUCCUCCACCCCUCCACUGACUGAUACACAGAAACGACAGCAGAGGCAAGAAGCAGUCGACGAAAUAAAGAACUUUUUACCAAAUGCAUUGCCUUGGCUCAUUGGUGCUGGCUCUUAUGAUGAAGCUAUUGAACAUUGUCUGAACUACAUUCAAAACCCUAGAAUUAACCGGCACUUUUUAUUUCGAGCGUUGGAUAUUCUCUUUUCUCAGAUAGUCCCUGAAGUGAAGGAUACUGAGUUUCAGGACCGUUUGGUCAAAAUGAGGUCCAAGCCAAGUUUUUUAUCACUUUCUUAAUUUUUUUUUUGCUUUUUUUCAAUUUUUAAAUUUUAAUUUGUAUUUAAAUUUAAUUAAACAUUUAUUAAGAAU